CAAACAUGGAAGUCGAGAUAAACUUAGAAAAUCAAAAAUUGUACUGGAACAAUCUCAAAUAGUUGCAGGAAUAUAAACUAUUUUGAGGAAUACAUAAUACCGAUAUAUUGAUAAUGUCAUCAGCCGGGAAGAAGUUGGUGUUAGGCUUCGGAAAGUCGCGGGGUUCGAAGAAAAAGACCAACAUUCCUGAGGACUCCCUGCAAAAUUCAAGAGAUGCGUGUAAAAUGCGUAGAAGAGGUAGUGCUGAGAAUCUUAAACGUGACUCGACCGACUCUCCUUAUAUGGAUCAUAGCGAGAUCCUCUCACUCACUCAAGAUGUAAGAAGAUUUUCUGAUGUCCUUGCAAGGUUGAAAAAAAUCCUUCAAAGUGAUACAGACAAAUCUGAGAAGGGAGAUAGUGUACGUGUUUUGGCGCAUGACAGGUUGGGAGAGGUGCUCUCUAUAUUAAAGAUGGUGCUACAGAAGUAUCCCUCCCUCCACUCUACAGAUAUCCUCACUGCUGCAGGACUUCUGAUAUCUUUCAUCAAAAAUUAUACAUAUGAUGGUGCCACUAGUCAACUUGCAGAGUUUCAUGAUAACAUAGACCAACUUGCCUUGGCAUUCAGCAGCAGUGUCUCAGAAUACCUGAUGGGAGAUGUGGACAUUGUACAGCCUAUGGCAAAAACUAGAUCAUUUGAAGAGCUCCCUGGAUCAUCUGAACCUGUUGAAGUACAAAUGGAGGCUCUUGUUGGGGAAGACAUAGAUCAUGCCUUACUGAAGAUGACAUCUGGUGUGGAGCUUGCCCUCCAGAGGAGUAAAGCCUGGUCGAAAUAUGCCAAAGACAUCAUCACCUACAUUGAUAAAAGGACACAUUUAGAAUUUGAAUUUGCCAAGAAUCUGAGCAAGUUAGCUCAAGGAAUGAAAUCUGUACUAACUGAUGAGAGCUUCCUCCCCAUGCAAUCCAUUUAUUGCACUGCUCUGGACCAGGAUCUUGACCAUGCUGGCAUGCUUCAAGGCACAUGUGCUCUCAUUAAUACACACAAAUUCAUUGAACCCUUAGAAGCAAGAAGAAAUGAACAUGAGAAAUCUAGAAAAGCGUUAAAAGAUCUGUGGGCCAAAGAGUGUAGGAAAAUGCAAGAUGCAGUCAUUAACCUGCAGAAAGCAAAGGCCCUGUAUAUACAGAGACAGCAGGAGUAUGACAAAGCCAGGGAUUCGGUGGCAAAGGCUGAGUAUGAGGUUCAAGAAAAGAGUAGUAGUAAGGCUGAGAGCAAGGUUGAUAAGAGAAAGAAGCUGGAAGAGGAGGCAUUACACAGGGCUGUUGAGGCUGAGACUACCUACAAGGCAUGUAUAGUGGAGGCCAAUAACAGGCAACAAGAGCUGGAGAAAAUCAAAGCUGAUAUUCUGGCCAGGAUUAGAAGUUUGAUGCACCAGUGUGAUGAAACAAUGAAGACAGUCACAGUUGGCUACUUUCAGCUCCAACAUACAGCCACUGCACCAGCCCCAGUACAGUUUCAGACACUUUGUGAGAGCAGUAGGCUUUAUGAGCAAGGUGCCCAGUAUGCAGAGUUUGUUCGCUGCUUGCCAGUACCACAGACCAGUUGUCUACCAGAGCCAUAUGUCUUUGAGCCAUAUACAGGGAGCAAAGAUGACAGGAAGGGGAGUGGAGACGUGCAGAUCACAGUUGAUGACACAGAAGGAUAUCCUCGUAAAGGUGGAUAUUUGGAGAAGCACCGCAAUGCACAGCAAGCAGUAAGAGCGUGGGGACAGUUACAAGGGAGUGAUACCGACAGUAGUAAAUCACGAGAUUCAUCUCCUUCUGCUUCACCGUACACUCAACAACGUCGUAAGAUCGUUAGUGGACAUAGUCUGGAAGAAAUGGCAGACCACGACGAAAAUGAUGCUAGUCUUAACCUCAGUGGGCCAUUUCAGAAUGCCCUUGUAUCCAAAUGUGGCCUUACCCAUGUGUUCCGCAAACUGAGAUCACCCGCAAAAUGUAGAGAGUGUGACAGCUAUGUAUACUUUCAAGGUGCUGAAUGUGAAAAGUGUGGUCUAGCCUGCCAUAAGAAGUGCCUAGAGGUCCUAGGGGUGCCAUGUGGAAGUAAGCCACCGGUUAGGAGGAUGACUACCUUUGGUGUAGAUUUCAUGGCUCAUGUCAAAGAAACCAAUGUAGAAAUCCCCAUUUUGGUGCAGAAAUGUGUCAAAGAGAUAGAAGAAAGAGGAAUAGAUAUAAAGGGGAUCUACAGGGUGUCUGGAGUGAAAUCAAAGGUGGAGAAACUGUGUGAGAGUUUUGAGAACAAUGAAUCCUCCGUCGAUCUCUCAGAACACAAUGUCAAUGUUAUAUCCAAUGUAUUAAAGCUAUAUCUACGGCAGCUUCCAGAGCCCCUGCUUACAUUUAGACUUUACCUUGAGUUCAUCAAAAUGGCGGAAAAAGACCAAGGAACAGAAACAGGUGGCAGUGCCGAAACUUUGCAAACGCUGAAGUCUCUAGUCCAGAAGCUCCCUGUUCAAAACUUUAAAACAUGUGCAAUGAUGAUGCACCAUUUAAGUCGUGUGAGUAAGAUGGAAGAACAUAAUCAGAUGGGAGCUUGUAAUCUUGGCAUUGUGUUUGGUCCAACACUCCUCCGACCAAGCGAAGGAAAUGCCUCUCUGAACUCCCUGAAGGAUACACCUUUUCAGACAAGGUCUGUUGAGCUCCUCAUUAUCAAUGCAGAGAUGCUGUUUGGACCUGCUGAGAAUGUUUACCCUAAGUCAAUGCAGCCUAAAGAGCCAACAUUAGAGAGCCUGAAUGAGGAAAAUGCUGAUGACACUACAGAUCAGAAAGAGGCUUCAUCUCAGAAAGAGGCCUCUUCAACAAAUGAUCUCCUUGUACAGCCUUCUCAGAUGAACCCUGAUGAGGAAAUAUCUGGUGCAAUGAGCCUACCAGGCAUGGCAGAUCCAGUUCAUAUAGCCCCUCUUACAGACGCAGCAUCAUCAUCUGUCAGCUCAGUUGCCCCAAGUAAAACUAGUCAACCUGAAGACACCAAUCCUUCAACAGUAGCUGCUUUAUCCAAGACUCCAGCAUUUGAAGGUGGUGAUGAACAAGAGGUUCCUUAUGCUGAUGAUGACAGAGAACCACAGUUCGUUUAGUCAUGACACACCACAUAGGACUUCAUUUACCUCUUUUAAUCAUUGGGCUCUCUUUUCUGGAUGAACAGCUGUGGAAAAUAUAUAAUUAGUUGUAAGAGUAGAGAUUGAAAGCAGUUUUUCAGUUCUAGUAAAAUAUGGAUUUUCUGUCAGUAAAGUACAACAGCAUUACAUGAUGGAUUGGUUUCAUAAAAAUGUCUGCUUGUUAUAUUCGGUUGUAACUUUAUGAACCAAUGUACUCACCCACCAAAUUAGGAAUAUAACAAAUGUGAAAAUUCUAGAUUUCUAUGGAAUAUCAGAAUUUGAGAAAUGUUGGGAGGGGUCAAAAUCAAAAUCAAAUUCAUCAUUAUAUUUUCCUGCAGCUGUCAGCAUUCAACUCUGUCCGCGAUCAUCUCUGGUCAGAAAAAUAGCGUGGAAUCCAUUUUGAAUUGCAUUUUACUUUACUAAGAUCAUACUUUGUUUAUCCAGAAGUUAAGAAAUCUACGGUAGUUAUAUUAUAUCCAAUUAGAUUAAGGGUAUUUAUGAGUGAGUAUUUAAAGCUAGACUGAUUAGUUUACCUAGCUGCUAUCAGUUAUUAGAUGUCAUACAACAGCAUUAUUGACCUGACAUCAAGUGCAUUGCACCUGACAUCAUCUUACUUGACACAAAAAUGUUCAACUAUUUGCUGUGGCAUUGAGAAUAGACAUACUUUUACAGUGUUCACAAUUUAUCUUAAACUUCACAUCAUUGACCGAUUACCAUUGAUAUUAGACAUAUCAUAUCAGACAAUAUUGAUAUUAGUAGACCUUACUUCUUCCAGUAUUAAGAAAAGUAUAAGUAAAACAUAAAACCUAAUAGGGGAAUUUGAAAAUUGAAAAGUGGAGGCACAAUAAUAAUCCAUUUUUAGGCUGCCAUAGUAAGCAAUUGUGACUGAGGCUUUAAAUGUAGCUGGUAUCUUCUGUUUAUGUUAUAACUGAUGGAGUAAUGUCCAGUGAAUGAACACCAUUUCAACCACAAAUUUCAGGUGUUAUAUUAUUUUCAUUUUUCAACUUGUAUAUCACAGCAAUAAUUUAUUUGAAUUGUAGAGAUAUCUACAGAGUGGGUCAAAAAAGAAAGAAACUGUAUUAAAUGUAAAUCUUACAAGAAGAAAUUAUUACAACACAACAUUCAUCAUAGAUGUGGUUUAAAGAGGACUUCCAGCAUAUUGAUUUGUUACAGCUUCCCAAUCCAGAUAAUGCAAAAGUGUUAUUUACCAAAAUGUUGGAAAUCAAUUCAUAUGUGAUGUAUAUAAUUUAUUUCAUUUAAGAUUGUCUAUUUCAUUUUUAUCAUUUCAUUGUCUAUUUGUUUUUUGUCCCACUCUGUAGUAAGCAAGACAGACAGGGUUUUUGUGACACCAUGAGGAACAAUGUUCCACAUUUACAACUAUUUCCAAGUGGUGCAAUUUUGUCAUGUUAAUCCCUGAUAACUAUUUUAUAUAUUUUGGAAUGAAAAUAACAAUCAUCAACAUAUUUAUAUUUAUUUGAAUCAUGUAUUCUGAUUCUCUGGAUUUAGGUACUCAAUUUACCACAUUUGAUAUUGUUAUGUACUGUACCUGUACUGUAUAGAAACAUCUACAUUGUAUUGCUUUUGCAACGUGAAUAUUUGUAAUGUUCUUUUUUCAUUGUGUGCUCUAUAUGUAGAUCAUCUUAUUAAAAAUAUUGACUGAUAGACUAAUUUGAAAUAUAAUAAUAAUGUCUAAUUUGAACAAAGUGAGCCAGUGAGAUGCAGGCAAAUUAUUAUAUGAUUCUUAGAAUAUAUUUUGAUGCUUCAACCUGUUACUGGUUUCCUUGCAGUACAGGGUGUUCCAAAAGUAACAG